AUGGCGGCCCUCGUCGACUACGGCUCGAGCGACGAUGAGUCGCCAGCCACUGGUCCAUCAAUACCAUCUGGCCCAUCGAUCACAGCUGCGCCCGAUGUCAGCCUGGACGACCCAAUGACAUCCCAACUAGCUAUCGUAAAACCUACGGACAAAUCGAUGACCUACAAUGCCGCGUACGAUGACCUUUACAAACCGGCUGCUGGACCCGCAAAUCCUUUCACUUCGAAUGAUGGGACAUUAAAACGGAAGAAUCUGCUCACAGGAUACGCGGAGGAAACAUUAAUAUCAGACGCGACCUUUUUAGCACAACAUAGGACUUUCGCGAGUUUAGGGUAUGCUGCAGAUCCGAGUAAUCCGACAAAUAUGGUGGGAGACCAGACCAAUGUGGCUUUGUAUGGUGGGCGGAAUACAGUCGAGUACAGACCUAGCAAGGAAGAAUCGAGAGAUAUCAAGAGAAGGCGGCAGAAGAAGGGAGAUUCGACUAUAGUUGAUGGACCUGGACAAUACCUGGGUCCUUGGGCGUCAUACAAGAAUGAAUCGGAGUCUUCAGAGGAUGAAGAUGCAGGCGAGGCUGUUGAGUACGAAGAGGAGGCCACCGCGCCGGUAUCCAAUCCGAUUAUCGACAAAGCCGGUGCCGAAUAUCUCAAUGUCAAUACCUCGGGUGUGGAACAGACUACCUUUCAUGGUAGCGAGGAGAGAGAUUACCUUGGGCGGACGUACAUGCAUGUACCCCAGGACUUGGACCUCAACCUCGGGAAGGAAUCAGGCAGCACACCGAACUUUAUUCCGAAGAAGCUUAUUCACACUUGGAAAAGCCAUACCAAGCCUAUCAACGCUAUACGCUUCUUCCCUAAUAGUGGUCACCUGUUAUUGAGCUCUUCAGCAGAUGCCAAGAUUAAGUUAUGGGAUGUCUAUCACAAUCGUGAGCUCCUACGCACAUUUGACGGCCAUACCAAAUCUGUAAACGACAUAACCUUCACCAACUCUGGCGACAAAUUCCUUUCUGCCUCUUACGACCGUCAAAUGAAACUUUGGGAUACCGAAACAGGCCAAUGUAUCAACCGUUUCUCGACAGGUAAAAUCCCACACGUAAUCCGAUUCAACCCCGAUGAAUCGAAACACCACGAGUUCAUCGCCGGUAUGAGUGACAAGAAGAUCGUGCAAUUCGAUACUAGAACGGCAGCCGUAGUACAAGAAUACGAUCACCAUCUCGGACCUGUUAACACUCUUACAUUCGUGGACGAGAACCGGAGAUUUAUCUCUACUUCCGAUGACAAGAGUUUACGAGCUUGGGAAUAUGGUAUUCCAGUACCUAUCAAGUUUAUUGCUGAGCCGUAUAUGUACUCCAUGGUUCGAUCCGCUCUCCACCCGAAUGGGAAAUACGUGGCAUUACAGUCGGCAGAUAACCAGGUUGUUGUGUACGCGACCACCGAGAGGUUUAGGCAGAACAGGAAGAAGAGUUUCAGAGGUCAUAACAACGCGGGUUAUGCAAUCGAUGUGGAUAUUAGUCCUGACGGACAGUUUUUGAUGACUGGUGACAGUUUGGGUUGGGUGUGCUUCUUCGACUGGAAAACUUGUAAGAUGUAUCAUAAGAUCAAGGCGAGUGACCAAGCAAUCACUUGCGCGGCCUGGCACCCGCAGGAAGGUAGCAGGGUGGCCGUGGCAGGGUUGGAUCAUACUAUCAAGUAUUACGAUUAG